GGAGUUUCCUUUCUGGGGUUGUAGAAAGGAAGAAAAGGAAAGCUUAAGUUAGUUGCAGUUAUUAUUAGUUUCCAUUCUUGUAAUUUGUGAUUUAGAGGAUUGUUUCAAGAACCAUUUUUGAUGCAUGAUAGUUCAAGGAUUGCUGAAAAGUUAGCAGUCUGUUCCUUUUUUGGUUUGUGUGAUAUGGUGAAGUUAUUGGAUUGAGGUGGAGGAUUGGUUGGUAGAUUUUGAAGAGUGAAAAAGGAUAUUAAUUCGGUACCGAAUAGGGGGAAUAGGGUGUUUGAUUAAUUUGUUGUUCUGGAGUGCUUACUGAAUAUAGUUCGGGGCCUCGGGAUGGGGUCCUGCUUAUCAUCGGAAAGCAGGAGUCCUCAUCCCGGUUCUCCUGCAACGGCAGUUAGGAAGAGGAAGAGCUCGAAAAAGAGGUCGGGAUCACGGAAUUCUUCAUUUGACCAUCAUAAGGAAGAACUAUUGCAUAGGAUUCCGGGGCGUAUGUUUUUGAAUGGUUCUAGUGAGGUGGCUUCACUCUUUAGUCAGCAGGGCAAGAAAGGGACUAAUCAAGAUGCUAUGAUUGUUUGGGAGAAUUUUGGUUCCAGCGAAGAUACUGUUUUCUGUGGUGUUUUUGAUGGCCAUGGUCCUUAUGGUCAUAUGGUUGCGAAGCGAGUCAGAGAUGCUCUUCCGUUAAAGCUAAGCACACACUGGGAAGUUAAUAUUAAAAGUGAAGAUGUUCUAAGAGAGAUUAGUCUCAACACGGCGAGUAGCCUAUAUCCCGAGGAUGCCUCCCUUAUCUCUGCUGAUGUUGAAGAGACUGAAAAGCACUUGGAGGUAUUUGAAACGUUGAAGGAGUCAUUUCUGAAGGCUUAUAAGGUUAUGGAUAGAGAACUGAGAAGCUAUACCAAUGUCGAUUGCUUCUGUAGUGGAACGACAGCAGUAACGCUAGUUAAACAGGGUAAAAAUCUUGUUAUUGGAAAUGUUGGGGAUUCAAGAGCUGUGCUGGGUACGAGAGGGGAGGAUGAUUCUAUCACUGCAGUGCAAAUGACAGUAGAUCUUAAGCCCGAUUUGCCAGCGGAGGCUGCGAGGAUUCGCAAAUGUAAAGGACGAGUGUUUUCUCUUCAUGAUGAACCAGAUGUUGCAAGAGUGUGGAUGCCAAACAGCGACUCUCCUGGACUUGCCAUGGCUCGUGCUUUUGGAGAUUUUUGCCUCAAGGAUUUUGGUGUCAUCUCAGUGCCUGACAUUUCAUAUAGGCGUUUAUCCGAGAAAGAUGAAUUCCUUGUUCUUGCGACAGAUGGGAUUUGGGACGUGCUUUCAAACGAUGAAGUAGUAAAGAUUGUGGAUUCGGCUUCAUCCCGUUCAUCUGCAGCUCGAUCGCUUGUUGAAGCAGCUGUUCGGGCCUGGAAGAUUACAUACCCGACUUCUAGAGUCGAUGACUGUGCAGUUGUCUGCCUCUUCCUUGACUCAAACUCGAAUAAUUUCUCAACUGCUUCUAGCACAAAAGAUAACGACAAGACUUUUGUCUCGAUGGAAAUGAGUGAAGUUAGCAACAAUAUGAAUGGUGCCGUUAGUCCACCUGCGUUGAAUCGCUCGUGUACUGUUCGAGAAAGCGAAGAAUUUUCAGCAGGCAGUAAAGAGGAAGCCUCGGAACAUGACGAGUUGCUACCGAAGAGGGGGAAACAAUUGUCUGCUCUCGACGGGGUAUCUCGGGUGGACACAUUAAUGACAUUACCAAGGUUUGAGCCAGGCAAAGAAGAAAAGAAAGCUGCUGGUGGAGUAUCAAAAUCAAAGAAGAAAUAGUAAAAACCUACCCGCACUGUGCAUGACAUGUGUUUGCACAUAGACCUUUCUCACUUAACUAUGGUUAGUAUAUAUUUUCACCUCAUUAAAUCAGUUAACCAUGGUAUGUCGACAUGCAAACACAUGUCAUGCAUCUAGAUGUGUUUUUACCACGCCCGAGUGUGGAUUCGUUUCUGUCUUAUUUUUCAUUUUUGUUUAAUUCUUAUGAUCAGUGUUUUUUGUUGUCUCAUUUAUUUAAG